AAGAUGCCUGAAAUGCACAUCAAGGCACCUAAAAUCUCCAUGCCAGAUGUUGAUUUGAAUUUGAAAGGCCCUAAAGUGAAGGGAGAUGUGGAUAUGUCUGUUCCAAAUAUUGAGGGUGAUUUGAAAGGUCCUGAGUUUGAUAUAAAAGGCCCCAAAGUUGACCUUGAUGCACCAGACGUGGAUCUUCAUGGCCCAGAAGGUAAAUUUAAAAUGCCUAAAUUCAAAAUGCCCAAAUUCAGCAUGCCUGGGUUCAAAGGAGAGGGACCAGAGGUGGAUGUGAAGCUUCCAAAAGGGGAGCUGGAUAUUUCUGGUCCCAAGAUAGACAUUGAUGCUCCGGAGUUGGAUAUUGAAGGUCCUGAAGGAAGGCUGAAAGGACCCAAAUUUAAAAUGCCUGAAAUGCAAAUCAAAGCACCAAAAAUCUCCAUGCCGGACAUUGACUUAAACUUAAAAGGUCCCAAAAUGAAAGGAGAUGUUGAUGUUUCUCUUCCAAAACUAGAAGGUGACUUGAAGGGUCCUGAAUUUCAUCUCCAAGGCCCCAAAGUUGACACUGAUGCACCAGAUGUGGAUAUUCAUGGCCUAGAGGGUAAACUCAAAAUGCCUAAAUUCAAAAUGCCCAAGUUUGGAAUGCCUGGGUUCAAAGGGGAGGGACCAGAUGUGGAUGUAAGCCUUCCGAAAGGGGAGAUUGAUCUCUCAGGUCCAAAAGUAGACAUUGAUGCUCCUGAUUUGGAAAUUGAAGGUCCAGAUGGGAAAUGGAAAGGUCCUAAAUUUAAGAUGCCUGAAAUGCACAUCAAAGCACCUAAAAUUUCCAUGCCAGAUGUUGAUUUACACUUGAAAAGCCCUAAAGUGAAGGGAGAUGUGGAUGUGCCAGUUCCAAAGAUUGAGGGUGAUUUGAAGGGGCCUGAGUUUGAUAUCAAAGGCCCCAAAGUUGAUAUUGAUGCACCAGACAUGGAUCUUCAUGGCCCAGAAGGUAAACUCAAAAUGCCUAAAUUCAAAAUGCCCAAAUUUGGCAUGCCUGGGUUCAAAGGGGAGGGCCCUGAUGUGGAUAUAAAACUUCCUAAGGGAGAGGUGGAUAUUUCUGGGCCCAAGGUAGACAUAGAUGCCCCAGAUUUGAACAUUGAAGGUCCAGAGGGAAAGCUGAAAGGUCCCAAAUUUAAGAUGCCUGAAAUGCACGUCAAGGCACCUAAAAUCUCCAUGCCAGAUUUUGAUUUGAACCUGAAAGGACCUAAAAUGAGGGGGGAUGUGGAUGUUUCUGUACCAAAGCUAGAAGGGGAUUUGAAAGGGCCUGAGAUUGAUAUCAAAGGUCCCAAAGUGGACAUUGAUGCUCCAGAUCUUGAUAUUGAAGGUCCUGAAGGAAAAUGGAAAGGCCCCAAAUUUAAGAUGCCUGACAUGCAUUUUAAAGCACCUAAAAUCUCCAUGCCAGACAUUGAUUUGAAUCUGAGAGGCCCUAAAGUGAAGGGAGAUGUGGAUGUUGCUGUUCCAGAGAUUGAGGGUGAU